GAGGCGGGGCGGGGCGGGCGGUUGCUAAGACUUGGCGAAGCGCAGCGAUCGCGCCCGGCUCUCUCAGUCAGCCCACCAAGGAUGGAGCCCUCCCGGGGCAUCGCGGAGCAGCGAGAGCACGAGAAGGCUGGGAGCCCGGAGUAUGAGCCAGCAUCGUGGCAAGCCCUCCCCGUCCUGUCGGAGCAGCAGUCGGGGGACGUGGAGCUGGUGCUGGCCUAUGCCGCACCCGUCCUGGACAAACGCCAGACCUCACGCCUCCUCAAAGAGGUGUCGGCUGUCUACCCGCUUCCUGCCCAGCCUCAUCUCAAGCGGGUGCGGCCCAGCCGGGACACCAGGGGACCCCACGCACUGGAGAUGCUGCUGUGCCUGGCAGGUCCAGCCACAGGCACGUGCUCGCUGGCCGAGCUCCUCCCGUGGCCAGCCGUGGACCCCCGCGGCCUGGGGCAGCCGUUCCUGGUGCCCGUGCCUGCCCGGCCGCCUCUGACCAGGGGCCAGUUCGAGAAGGCUCGGGCCCACUGGCCCACGUCCUUCCACGAGGACAAGCAGGUGACCAGUGCCCUGGCUGGAAGGCUCUUCUCAGAGCAAGAGCGGGCCGCCAUGCAGAGCCACAUGGAGCGGGCGGUGCAGGCGGCCCGGCGGGCAGCUGCACAGGGCCUGAGGGCUGUCGGGGCCGUGGUGGUAGAUCCGGCCUCGGGCCACGUGCUGGCCACGGGCCACGACUGCAGCCAUGCGGCCAGCCCCCUGCUGCAUGCUGUCAUGGUGUGCGUGGACCUCGUGGCCCGAGGCCAGGGUCGGGGCACCUACGACUUCAGGCCCUUCCCUGCUUGCUCCUUCAUGCCCGUGGCUGCCUCGCAGGCCGUGCAGGUGGGCACCGUGCGCAAGCUGGAUGAGGACGAGGACAGCCUCCCCUAUGUGUGCACUGGCUACGACCUCUACGUCACCCGAGAGCCCUGCGCCAUGUGCGCCAUGGCCCUGGUGCACUCUCGCAUCCUGCGGGUCUUCUAUGGGGCACCCUCACCCGACGGUGCCCUGGGCACCCGCUUCCGCAUCCAUGCACAGCCUGACCUCAACCACCGCUUCCGAGUGUUCCGUGGCGUGCUGGAGGACCAGUGCCGCCACCUGGACCCUGACAUGUAGGCUGAUGCCUUCCUGCUUCUGGAACAUUCUCUCUGCUGGCCAUCCUCUGGGCUGCCAUAGGGUCCUCACUCCUGUCUGUGGAUUGUAAGGACAUUCGCCGCCUGCGCUGUGUGCACCCUCCAGCCCUGUCUCAGGGAGUACCUGGGCUCCCGCCUGUCUGGCUUUCCCUGCACUGACCACGGCAGGUCCUGCCCCCGAGCCCUCGGCUGCAGUUGUGUCUCCUUUGUGUCACGUGUGAGCAGACAGCUCUGACCUGUGAAAAUAAACUACCAAAAACUAA